AUGCAUUCAAACCUCUGUAUGAAUAAUGAAGUUAAAUUUGAAGGAUAAAUUAUAAUUGCUGAUGAUGUUACAUAAAUAGGAACAGAAAACCCACAAUAAAAAUAAUAUACUUUGUAUAACAGAUAUAUAUUUAGAGUUCAUUUAAGCCCCAAGAGAUUAUCUAAAGAAGGGAAUGCCUAUUCAUCCCCAACUAGAAACUCAGAAGGCUAUAUGGAUGCUGAAGAAUAUUGUAUUAUAUAUAUAUAUAUAUAUAUAUAUAUAUAAAAAUAGAAAAAGAGUAGGAAUAACAAUACCUUUUGAAUUGUAAAUAUAAUAAGAAGACACGGAGUCAAUUAGUGGUUAAGAAUUAAGGAUAAGAAGAGUCUUAGACAUUGAGAAAGACCCUAACCCCAUGA